UCAUAUACAUAACUUCAUGUUUAUUUAUUUUAAACAAAAAUAUUGAUUUUAAACUCUAUCUAUAUAUCAAACAAAAAUAUUGAUUUUAAACUCUACUAUCUAUAUAUGACUUGCCGCACAAACAAAACCCUGCAGAUAUUUCUAACACUACAGGUAAUAAUUUAAAAACUUUUUUAUUAAUAUUAGUUAGCCUUUUAUAUAGUCAAUCCAACUUUUAUAUGGCUGAUCGAAAAUGAACAGGUGCUAAUCUCUCCGAGAUGGACCAGAAUUCAGGCAAUGAAAAUAUCCGACCAAGUGGUAAAUAUCAUAUACAUAACUUCAUGUUUAUUUAUUUUAAACAAAAAUAUUGAUUUUAAACUCUAUCUAUAUAUCAAACAAAAAUAUUGAUUUUAAACUCUACUAUCUAUAUAUGACUUGCCGCACAAACAAAACCCUGCAGAUAUUUCUAACACUACAGGUAAUAAUUUAAAAACUUUUUUAUUAAUAUUAGUUAGCCUUUUAUAUAGUCAAUCCAACUUUUAUAUGGCUGAUCGAAAAUGAACAGGUGCUAAUCUCUCCGAGAUGGACCAGAAUUCAGGCAAUGAAAAUAUCCGACCAAGUGAUAUUUCUAACACUGCAAUGGACGGAAGGAAUGCACAACAACGGAAACGAAGAGCUGAGAUGACGGAUGAGCAGAGAGAAGAUAAUAAAAGGAGACACCGUGAGUACCAGCGUCAAUAUCGAGCACGGAAAAAAGUUGAGUUGAAAAAUAGUACCACCACAACUAUUCUCAGCCAAAUAGUGCCGACAUCCUCGCCCGCAGGUGUGGAUUUUGAAACUGGAUUAUCAGCAAUAGUGGAAAAUGAUGAACCCGAUGAACCCACAGAUUGGCUACAUAGAAAUGAUAAUUAUAUUCCAGAACGUACAGGCCCACGUACGGUCCUUACUGGUCCAUUGCCUACUUUUGGUCAAACAGAAGUCCUUAGUGGUCCAUUGCCUACUUCAGUUCAAUCAGAAGUGAAUAUACUAGAUCGGUGCCACAACCAUGUAGAUGUCCAAACCAAUGAAGAUGAAUUUGACCGUGAACUAUAUGAACCGACGCAUGAUGGUUGGGAUGGCGAUGGACAUGCCAUGGACGGCGACCAUGGUUUGCACAAUGAUAACUUAUAUGAUGACGAUGGACAAGGUCAUCAUUACGAGUCAUAUCGCGUGCUUCCAAAGGGUCCUGCUGAAAACAGUGUGACGGAUGAUGAUCCAUAUGAGUUUAUCUACCAGAACCUGCCACAAAGACAUAAAUUGAGACAAGUGUCUGACUGCAGUUACUGUGGUGCGAUCAGGUUUCAGUACGAGACACCCGGGUUUUGUUGUCGAAAAGGAAAAGUACAAAUACAUAUUCCAGAGGUUCCUACAGAACUGAAAAGGUUAUUCACAAGUCAAGUGCAUGAUGAUGCAAAAUAUUUUAGGAAAAAUAUACGCUAUAUCAACUCACAUUUUGCCUUCGCAAGCCUAGGGGUUACCCUUGAUCGCAGAUAUAACAGUCCACGAGGGACCGGUAUUUAUAUAUUUCGAGUUCAUGGCGGGUUGUACCAUCGUCUGGACCACCUGGUGCCAGGUGGCGACAACGCUCGACAUCUACAGCUUUACUUCUAUGAUACAGAAGAUGAGGCCUUGUCACAUAGAGCCAAGAGGUCUCCUGAUCUUGAUAUUAAUCUCAUCCGGAAUAUCCUUGCAAUUCUUCAUGAUAACCCAUAUGUUCAUACUUUCAAGAGAAAUGGUGCUUUUCCAAACUUGGAUGAUUACCGGAUUGAACUCAAUACAAACGUCACGCCUGAUCAGAGAAGGUACAAUGCCCCAACAACAUCCCAAGUUGCUGCUAUCUCUGGAUGGAAGGGAACGAUCCACAAAGGUGUUUUGAUAGGAGCGUGGUUGUAUAUGGCAAGACUGAUCAUCGUCCGCAGUAUAUCCGAGCAUACCAUGGUUGUUAUGACCCAUUAG